AUGGAUGAUAAACAAUUUAACAUCAGGCGUCUCCAGAGCCUAUUUCCACAACUAUCCACUGCACAAGCAUGUGAUAUCCUUGAAAGGCACAACUGGAACUUAGAGUCUACACUGAAGGAGGCUGAAAGCUCUACUGUCAAAGUUUCUAAUUUAUGUACUAACACUGAAAAUAAUCCCGUACGUGGUAGUGAACACGGAUCUGCCCAACAAAAAGAUACGUCACAUACAAACGCGACGAUUCCAGGUGGUCGUGGUGACAUUGAAAAAGUUUUGGAGGGCCUUUUCACCCAAGCAAGUCAGGGAGGUAUCGAUAAAAAUUCUGGGAUUGAGCCGCAGAAUGCUUUCUACGGUCGUGGUAGACGUCUUGGCCACACGGAACACCCUAGCCCCUAUAUUGCCUCCACAUUGAGACAACAGCGUGACGUUUCUAUUACCCUUUAUCGCAAUGGUAUCUCCAUGGAUAAUGGGAUGUUCAUAGCUAUGGACAGUCCUGAAGGGAAGGAAUUCUUGGAGACAAUGCACCAAGGCUAUAUUCCUUCGUCGUUGGCAUCCCAAUAUCCGGAUUGUGAGCUUAAUGUCACUUUGCUGGACCGCCUUGAGUUGGAUUACAAACCAGUUUCGUACACUGCUUUCAAAGGUGAAGGUCAUUGCCUUAGAGCAAAAGAAGGGGCUUCUUCCACAGCUGGAGGGGAAUUCAGGUUUGAUGCUUCUAGAAGCUUUCACUUCGAGCCUAGCGAGGACACUUCAUUUAUUUGUAUGCUCAAUACACAGGGGGAACGUCGAGAGUUCAAGGUUAACCCAUUUCGACACACGGUAGAGGAUGUUUACCACUUAGCGCAUGGUCUUCAGCCUGAUUUGGAACGCUUUUCAUUAGUUGUUCGAAGCAUACCACCGUAUAAUCUCGAAAACUCGAUGCGCUCACAAACAAUUCAGGAGGCCAAGCUGAGUCGGGCGGUUAUCACAAUAAGACCUUUCUAA